AUGGUCAAACGGCCAGUCGCUCCGGGGGGCGAGAAUGGGCCCAACACAAUAUUCAAGGCAACGUAUAGUGGCGUACCCGUAUACGAAAUGCUAUGUCGUACCGUCGCCGUCAUGCGCAGACGAUCCGAUGCGUAUCUGAACGCGACGCAGAUCUUGAAGGUGGCUGGGUUCGACAAGCCGCAGAGAACGCGGGUGUUGGAGAGGGAGGUACAGAAAGGGGAGCAUGAGAAGGUGCAGGGCGGGUAUGGGAAAUAUCAGGGUACUUGGAUCCCCAUCGAACGCGGUCUGGCCCUCGCCAAACAGUACGGCGUCGAAGACCUCCUCCGACCCCUCAUCGACUACGUCCCCACCUCGGUCUCUCCCCCUCCCGCUCCCAAGCAUGCCGUCGCCCCUCCCACCAAAGCCAAGAAAGAGAAGGACAAGAAGGAGAGCGCGACCGCCCACAGAACAGGCCCGACCUCGGCCGCUGCCCUCACCGCGCAGGCUCAGCUCGCUACUCGGGCAGCAGGCAAGCAAGCCGCCGCCAAGAAGCCUGCACCAGCCAGCACGCCCGACGCGGAUACGUCACGCUCGAUGGAAUCCCUCCCGGCGUCACCAGAAGACGACGAUGACUCGUCCUCGGACACGCCAUCUCCCGUCACGUCGGUCAUCGACGACAAGGACCGGUCGGCCGGCGUCGGGAUGGAUAUCGACAUGGACGGGAACCAAGCCGGAUCCAGUACGCGGAAACGGACGGCGCAGAUGAUGAUGGAUGAGCAGGCGGACUAUCUCCGUCAAGCUCGCGGUCAGUCUGCCGUCCAUACGCCUCAGCAAUCCCCUGUUCAUCUGCCCAUGAUGGACGGGGUGAUGUCUCAGCAGCUCGGUCCCGAGGCGUACACCGACAUCAUCCUCAACUACUUCAUCUCGGAAACCACCCAGAUCCCUUCCAUCCUCGUAUCCCCUCCCGCCGACUUUGACCCCAAUACCCGUAUAGACGAGGACAGCCAUAGCGCGCUGCACUGGGCGUGCGCGAUGGGUCGCGUCCGCGUCGUCAAGCUCCUCCUUACCGCCGGCGCCUCCAUCUUUGCCGCCAACAACUCGGAACAAACACCCCUCAUGCGCUCCGUCAUGUUCUCCAACAACUAUGACGUUCGCAAAUUCCCCGAGCUGUACGAGCUCCUCCAUCGGUCCACCCUAAACAUCGACAAGUACAACCGGACGGUCUUUCACCAUAUCGCGAAUCUUGCUCUGUCCAAGGGCAAGACGCACGCCGCGCGGUACUACAUGGAGACUAUCCUCUCUCGUCUCGCCGACUUCCCACAGGAGCUCGCGGACGUUAUCAACUUUCAGGACGAGGAUGGGGAGACGGCCCUUACCCUCGCGGCUCGGGCGCGAUCACGUCGGCUCGUCAAGGCCUUACUGGACCACGGGGCGGAUCCCAAAAUCAAGAACCGGGACUACAAGUCUGCCGAGGAUUAUAUCCUCGAGGACGAGCGGUUCCGCUCUUCGCCUGUUUCCGGCGGUAAACGGGAUCCGAUCGCCCACCAGCUCUUCUCGUCGGAAGCCGCCCGGCUCGUCGGCGGGUCAUGCCUGCAGGAUAUCACCUCGCAUAUGCAAGCUCUCGCCAAGAGCUUUGACGGCGAGCUGCAGGGCAAGGAGCGCGAUAUCCUCCAGGCCAAAGCGCUGCUCACGUCCAUACAUACCGAAGUGACGGAAACGACCCGGAUCCUUCAGGGGAUGGGGGACCAAUCGGGGCCUGUCGCGGACAAGAAGCGCGAGUUGGAGGGGUUACAGGCGCAGUUACGGGCGAGUGUCGGCGCGUCUAUGCGGAGAGGGUAUGAGGGGUGGGUACAGGGCGAUGAGGCGCGUCAGGGGAGAUGGCAGGCUGGUGGAGUGAGAGGGGAGGAUUAUAGUGAUUUACCGGCAUUGACGGAUAUUCCCCCGGGAGGGGCCGAGGUGGGGCAGGCGGAGGAAGAGAGGUUGAGAUGGGAGAUUGAGGAGAAGAGGAAGAGAAGGGCGACUUUGGUAAAGCAGUAUGUGAGGGCUCAGGCGGAGGCUGGGACAGGACAAAAUAUCGGACAGUAUAGGAGAUUGAUAUCAGCCGGAUGUGGCGGACAGAUUGCGGUACAUGAGGUGGAUAAUGUAAUGACACAACUAUUGGAGGAAGAGGAGGGGGAGGUGUAG